GAAACGAGGUGAGGUGCCACGUCACACAGGAAGUAAUCCUCCACUCCAGGUCAAUGUUUAUUUACAUCGGAGAGGUGAAGUUCAAAGCUAAUUUACAACUUCAGCGUCUUGGACUACAGUUUUUAUUUUCACAUUGCACGGGGCUUUUAGUUACUAACAUCAGCACAAUUGAUAUACGUACCUGAUUGCGUCGUGAACCAUGAGUGCAAUACUCCCUCGUAUCGAGCAGCUAUCUUCCAGAGUUGUGCGAAUCCUGGGAUGCAACCCUGGUCCAAUGACACUACAAGGAACCAAUACGUAUUUAGUUGGAACGGGGAAAAGGCGAGUGUUGAUAGACACAGGAGAGCCUGCCGUCCCUGAGUACAUCAGCAGUCUCCAACAAGCCUUGAGCCAGUUCAACACUGCCAUCCAGGAGAUCAUUGUCACCCAUUGGCAUCACGACCAUACAGGUGGGGUGAUCGACAUCUGCAGAGACAUUACUGGAAGUUCUGAGUUACAAGUAAGUAAACUCCCUCGCUCUCCCCCAACUGACGAAAGAAUAGGACCAAGUAAGACGUACACUUACCUGAAACAUGGAGACGUCAUAGAAACUGAGGGGGCCACACUGAAAGUCCUGUUCACCCCAGGACACACAGAUGACCACAUGGCCCUUGUUUUGGAGGAAGAGAAGGCCAUCUUCUCAGGAGACUGUAUUUUGGGGGAGGGAACGGCCGUGUUUGAAGAUCUCUAUGACUAUAUGAAAUCUCUGCAAAUUCUGCUGGACUCACAGGCUGACCUAAUAUACCCAGGUCAUGGACCUGUGGUUCAAGACGCUGGUUCUAAGAUCCAGCAUUACAUCAGCCAUAGAAACCUCAGAGAGCAACAGAUCUUCAGUGUCCUCCAGGCAGCCGGAGGGAACACAUUUUCAUCUAUGGAACUGGUCAAAGUCGUCUACAAGGAGACACCUGAACAUCUGCAUAGAGCAGCAGAGGUGAACCUUGUGCAUCACCUAAAGAAACUGGAGAAGGAGGGGAAGAUAACUGUUGCUAGUGAUGAUUCUUCUCACACCAACAAAUGGAAAAGUAAUUUGUGAUCAAUGAUUUAAUCCGAUUUAUCUGUUGAAAAAUUACAUCCCUAACAAAGGACACAUGUAAUCUUGGAUUCAAAUUAUUCACAUUUCCCUGUCCCACACACAAUUGAGCUUGUUUGACAAGUUUGACAAGUAAAAAGUACUUGCAAGAAUCUUACUUUGUAAUGCUUUAUAGAACUGCAAUUAUUUAAUGUCUGUACUUUAUUUCUUAAGACAGCUAAAGGGGUGUUAAAAUGUGGCACAUCAAUAUAGGGAGCUGCAAAUGCACUGGUGGGUACCCCUAAUUUAUACCCAUCAUUCAUCGACAGAUAGCCUCAAGGUUCAAGGGUUAGGCCAGUAACCGAAAUGUUGCUGGUUUGAAAUCCCAGAGCCAACAAGGUAAGAAAUCUUGCUGUGCCCUUGAGCAAGGCACUUAAUCCCAAUUGCUAGUUUGGUGACCCUAGCCGUGACCCCAAUUCCUGCAGCAGCUCAGGGGGAGUUGGGAUAUGCAAGAAACACAUUUCCAUUACAAACUUAUACAUGUGUGUAACAGGACAAAUAUAAGCAGCCCCACAAGUAUUGUUAUUAUUGCUAAUAUGCUGAUCUUGGACAUUUGGGCAUUAUGAGUUGUACUACUUUCAGAAUGUUACUGUGGACAGCUUAACUCUGAUAAACUAAGAUGAAGCACAUUUAAACCCUGUGAAGUGAUCUUAUUGUUCCUUUCUAUUGAGAAACCCAGAUCAAACUGUAUGAAUCUAUAAUGUAAAAUGUACAGAUGCCUUCUAAUAAAUACAUUGUUUUUCAAUAUAGAACAAA